UAGACUAAUGACAAACAUUUCCACAGGAGAACUUAGGUAAGCUGAUGACUAACCUGAGGAGCACUCACCCUCACUUUGUGCGCUGCUUGAUUCCUAAUGAAUCCAAGACUCCAGGUCUGAUGGAGAACUUCCUGGUUAUCCACCAGCUCAGGUGUAAUGGUGUGCUGGAGGGUAUCAGAAUCUGCAGGAAGGGUUUCCCCAGCAGAAUCCUCUAUGGUGACUUCAAGCAGAGAUACAAAGUAUUAAAUGCUAGUGUCAUCCCUGAGGGAAAGUUCAUUGACAACAAAAAGGCUUCAGAGAAACUCUUGGGCUCUAUUGAUGUUGACCACACCCAAUACAAGUUUGGACACACCAAGGUGUUCUUCAAAGCUGGUCUGUUGGGUACUCUUGAGGAGAUGAGAAAUGAGAAACUAGCAAGUCUGGUUACCAUGAUUCAGGCUUUGUGCCGUGGAUACGUCAUGAGGAAGGAGUUUGUCAAAAUGAUGGAGAGGAGAGAAUCAAUUUAUUCCAUCCAAUACAACAUCCGCUCAUUCAUGAAUGUCAAACAUUGGCCAUGGAUGAAGCUCUACUUCAAGAUCAAGCCUCUUCUGAAGAGUGCAGAGACUGAGAAAGAAAUGGCAGCCAUGAAGGAGAACUAUGAAAAAAUGAAGGAGGAUUUGACAAAGGCAUUAGCUAAAAAGAAGGAGCUUGAGGAGAAAAUGGUGUCACUUAUUCAAGAGAAAAACGACCUUCAGCUGCAAGUAACAGCUGAAUCUGAAAACCUCUCUGAUGCUGAGGAGAGAUGUGAAGGACUCAACAAAAGCAAGAUCCAGCUCGAAGCCAAACUCAAAGAGACAAAUGAGAGACUGGAGGAUGAAGAGGAAAUCAAUGCUGAACUGACUGCCAAGAAGAGGAAACUGGAGGAUGAAUGCUCCGAGCUGAAGAAAGACAUUGAUGACCUGGAGCUCACCUUGGCAAAAGUGGAGAAGGAGAAACAUGCAACAGAAAAUAAGGUGAAAAACCUGACAGAGGAGAUGGCUUCUCAGGAUGAGAGCAUCGCCAAGCUGACCAAAGAGAAGAAAGCCCUCCAAGAGGCACACCAGCAGACUCUUGAUGACCUUCAGGCAGAGGAAGACAAAGUCAACACUCUGACUAAAGCAAAGACAAAGCUUGAGCAGCAAGUUGAUGAUCUUGAGGGCUCACUGGAACAAGAGAAGAAGCUCCGUAUGGACCUUGAGAGAGUCAAGAGAAAGCUUGAGGGUGAUCUGAAACUGGCCCAGGAGUCCAUAAUGGACCUGGAGAAUGACAAACAGCAAUCAGAUGAGAAGAUCAAAAAGAAGGACUUUGAAAUAAGUCAGCUUCUCAGCAAGAUUGAGGAUGAACAGUCUUUGGGAGCACAGCUUCAGAAGAAGAUCAAAGAACUUCAGGCCCGUGUCGAGGAGCUGGAAGAGGAAAUUGAGGCAGAGCGAGCUGCUCGUGCUAAAGUGGAGAAGCAGAGAGCUGAUCUCUCCAGGGAACUUGAAGAGAUCAGCGAGAGGCUUGAGGAAGCUGGUGGUGCCACUGCUGCCCAGAUUGAGAUGAACAAGAAGCGUGAAGCUGAAUUCCAGAAGUUGCGUCGUGAUCUGGAAGAGUCCACCUUACAGCAUGAAGCUACAGCUGCAGCUCUCCGAAAGAAGCAGGCAGACAGUGUGGCUGAACUCGGAGAACAGAUCGACAACCUCCAGCGGGUCAAACAGAAGCUGGAGAAGGAGAAGAGUGAAUACAAGAUGGAGAUUGAUGACUUGACAAGCAACAUGGAGGCUGUGGCUAAAGCAAAGGGUAAUUUAGAGAAGAUGUGCCGUACCCUGGAAGACCAGCUGAGUGAAAUCAAGACCAAGAGUGAUGAAAAUGUUCGUCAGCUGAAUGACAUGAAUGCACAACGUUCAAGACUUCAGACUGAAAAUGGUGAAUUUAGCCGCCAACUGGACGAGAAAGAAGCACUUGUUUCACAGCUAACUAGAGGAAAACAGGCUUAUACACAGAAAAUUGAGGAACUCAAAAGGCAUAUUGAGGAAGAAGUCAAGGCCAAGAAUGCUCUGGCCCAUGCGGUUCAGUCUGCACGUCAUGACUGUGACUUGCUCAGAGAGCAGUAUGAGGAGGAGCAGGAGGCCAAAGCUGAACUCCAGCGUGGAAUGUCUAAGGCCAACAGUGAGGUGGCUCAGUGGAGAACCAAAUAUGAGACUGAUGCCAUCCAAUGCACUGAGGAGCUUGAGGAAGCCAAGAAAAAGCUUGCCCAGCGUCUGCAGGAUGCUGAAGAAUCCAUUGAAGCGGUGAACUCCAAGUGUGCCUCUCUGGAAAAGACCAAACAGAGACUGCAAGGUGAAGUAGAGGACCUCAUGAUUGAUGUGGAGAGGGCAAAUUCAUUGGCUGCCAACCUUGACAAGAAGCAGAGAAACUUUGACAAGGUCCUAGCAGAGUGGAAACAUAAGUAUGAGGAAAGCCAGGCUGAACUAGAAGGUGCUCAGAAAGAAGCUCGCUCUCUCAGCACUGAGCUGUUCAAAAUGAAGAACUCCUAUGAAGAAGCUCUUGACCACCUCGAGACCCCGAAGAGGGAGAACAAGAAUCUUCAACAGGAGAUUUCUGACCUCACUGAGCAGCUUGGAGAGACUGGAAAGAGCAUUCAUGAGUUAGAGAAAGCCAAGAAGACAGUGGAGUCUGAGAAAUCAGAAAUCCAGACUGCACUUGAAGAAGCAGAGGGCACCCUGGAGCAUGAAGAGUCCAAGAUUCUUCGUGUGCAGCUGGAGCUAAACCAGGUGAAGAGUGAGAUUGACAGGAAGUUGGUGGAGAAGGACGAGGAGAUGGAACAGAUCAAGAGGAACAGCCAAAGAGUGAUCGAUUCCAUGCAGAGCACUCUGGACUCUGAGGUCAGGAGCAGAAAUGAUGCCCUGAGAGUCAAAAAGAAGAUGGAGGGAGAUCUGAAUGAGAUGGAGAUCCAGCUGAGUCAUGCCAACCGCCAGGCUGCUGAGGCCCAGAAACAGCUCAGGAAUGUUCAAGGACAACUCAAGGAUGCCCAACUGCACCUUGAUGAAGCUGUCAGAGGACAGGAGGACAUGAAGGAGCAGGUGGCCAUGGUGGAGCGCAGGAAUAACCUGAUGCAAGCAGAGAUUGAGGAGCUGAGAGCUGCACUGGAGCAAACAGAGAGAGGCCGCAAAGUGGCGGAGCAGGAGCUGGUGGAUGCCAGCGAGCGUGUGGGACUGCUGCACUCACAAAAUACAAGUCUUAUUAACACUAAGAAGAAGCUUGAGGCUGAUCUGGUCCAGGUUCAAGGUGAGGUGGACGAUGCAGUCCAGGAGGCCAGAAAUGCAGAGGAGAAGGCCAAGAAGGCUAUCACUGAUGCUGCUAUGAUGGCUGAGGAGCUGAAGAAGGAGCAGGACACCAGUGCUCAUCUGGAGAGGAUGAAGAAGAACCUGGAGGUGACUGUCAAAGACCGGCAGCACCGUCUGGAUGAGGCUGAGAGUCUGGCCAUGAAGGGUGGAAAGAAACAGCUCCAGAAACUGGAGUCCAGGGUGCGUGAGUUGGAGGCUGAAGUUGAAGCUGAACAGAGACGUGGUGCAGAUGCUGUGAAAGGAGUGCGCAAAUAUGAAAGGAGAGCGAAGGAGCUCACCUACCAGACUGAGGAAGACAAGAAGAACGUGACCCGACUGCAGGAUCUGGUAGACAAGCUGCAGCUGAAAGUGAAGGCCUACAAGCGCCAGGCUGAAGAAGCUGAGGAGCAGGCCAACACUCACCUGUCCAGGUACAGGAAGGUGCAGCAUGAGCUGGAGGAGGCUCAGGAGCGCUCUGACAUCGCUGAGUCCCAGGUCAACAAGCUGAGAGCCAAGAGCCGUGACGCUGGGAAGAGUAAGGAUGAAGAAUGAAGAGAAGACACCACA